GAACUUUUGCUUUGCUUAAUUAAAUGAAUUUAAUUAAAAUAACUUUUUUUUUCAAUAAUAAAUGAUUUCUGUUCCCUGUUUGUCUGUCUAAAAGUGAGAGCCUUUAGAUCUGAUUAUAUUAACCAUAAAAUUACACUUUCUUUUUCUUUGUUUCUUUCUCUCUCUCUCUCUGUGUCUCAUUAGCUCUGUCGCUCUCUCCAUUUGUCAAUUCUGAAGUUGAAUCGCCACCGGUAUACGCUACGCUCCACACCUUGAUGCGAUUGGUCACUUGCUGGAGACUGAGGAGUCGGCAUUACUCAAAAUUGAGUUCCGAUCGGCUCUGUUUGGAUUCUGGUAAAUUACCACGUAAAAUUUCCAUAUGGUUUGGAUUAGGAGUUGGUAAUUCGGUUUUAGGCCCUUUGAUUCAGGUGGAAUAAUUGAUCCGUAAUAAGGAAUUAAAAUUCAGCUUGAUUUUUGUGAUUUUCCUUGAUACUGCUUAUGGUGGAUUUACAGUGAACCUGGAUUUUGUUCUAUUUUUCUUUCUGUUGCUUGUGAUGGUUGGUGAAAGAUCGGCGAGCAGAGAAGUGUAGAGGAGGUGGUUUCAAUGCUUGUUGGACUUAUCCGGAUUCAUGGUAACAUAUACAGAAGCUUAUAUGUAAUGAUAGGUUAUGGUUUUCACGGUUCUUGGAGAUUUAAGCUAAAGGGAUUGGUUAUUUAGUGGUUUUACAAACCUCGAUUGUUUAAAGCUUUGGACAUGAGAAGCCCCUGGCUCAAUAAACUAUCCCUCAUUUUCGGUCCAAGACCACCGGUCAGUUGGUUGUUAUUGUGCUUUGUUAGUGUGCUUGCGCUGAUUGCAGUCUUUGGAUCGUCAUCAUCUAAUACCUUUGACUCUGUAACUUCCACUCCUGUACCUGAGAUUUAUACAAACUAUAGAAGGUUAAAGGAGCAGGCGGCAGUCGAUUAUUUUGAGCUGAGAACUCUCUCGCUGGGAGCUAGUCGCCAAAGGGAGCUUGAUCUUUGUGCCAAAGAAAGAGAAAAUUAUGUUCCUUGUUAUAAUGUGACGGCAAAUUUGUUAGUAGGGUUUAAAGAUGGAGAGGAGUUUGAUCGACAUUGUGAAGCAUCAAGGCAAGGAAAGCGGUGUUUAGUUCGCCCUCCUAAGGAUUAUAAGAUUCCACUCCGGUGGCCAGCUGGUAGGGAUGUGAUAUGGAGUGGAAAUGUGAAGAUAACCAAAGAUCAAUUCCUUUCCUCUGGAAGUAUGACAAAGAGAUUGAUGUUGCUUGAAGAGAAUCAAAUUGCUUUUCACUCUGAGGAUGGCUUAAUUUUUGAUGGUGUUAAAGAUUAUUCUCGUCAGAUUGCGGAGAUGAUGGGACUGGGAAGUGACUCUGAAUUUUUUCAAGCCGGUGUCCGCACUGUACUUGAUAUUGGUUGCGGAUUUGGAAGUUUCGGGGCUCAUUUAGUUUCACUAAAAUUAAUGGCUCUUUGUAUUGCUGCAUAUGAGGUAACUGGAAGCCAAGUUCAAUUAGCUCUUGAGAGAGGUCUUCCAGCAAUGAUUGGCAAUUUCAUAUCAAGACAACUUCCACAUCCAUCAUUGUCAUUUGACAUGGUUCAUUGUGCUCAGUGUGGGAUUGUUUGGGACAGGAAAGAGGGGAUGUUUCUAAUAGAAGUCGAUCGCUUACUCAAGCCUGGAGGUUAUUUUAUUUUAACCUCGCCCACAAGUAAGCCACAGGGAAGUGCAACAGGUAUGAAGAAAAGAAACAUGUUAACACCAUUGGAACAAUUUACUGAAAAAAUUUGUUGGAGUCUUAUUGCUCAGCAAGAUGAGACUUUCAUCUGGCAGAAAACUGCCGAUGCUCAUUGCUAUACUUCUCGCAAGCAGAAUGAUGUACCCCUUUGCAAAGAAGGACAUGAUGCUCCCUAUUAUCAGGCCCUGAUGCCAUGUAUUAUUGGAGCUUCCAGCAAACGCUGGAUUGCCAUUCAGAACAGGUCCUCUAGCUCACAUUUGAGCUCUGCAGAGCUUGAAGUUCAUGGUGUCAGUCAAGAAGAUUUCUUUGAUGACUUGCAAGUUUGGAAAUCAGCUUUAAAAAACUAUUGGUCUUUGCUUACACCCUUAAUUUUUUCUGACCAUCCCAAGAGGCCAGGUGAUGAAGACCCAUUGCCUCCAUUUAAUAUGGUACGCAAUGUGAUGGACAUGAAUGCUCAUUAUGGGGGUUUGAAUGCUGCAUUCCUGGAGGAAGAGAAAUCAGUGUGGGUGAUGAAUGUUGUGCCUGUUAGUGCACGCAAUACACUUCCUCUCAUUCUUGACCAAGGUUUUCCUGGUGUUUUGCACGACUGGUGUGAACCCUUCCCAACAUAUCCUCGGACAUAUGACAUGCUUCAUGCGAAUGGGCUUCUCUCACAUCUCUCUUCUGAGAGGUGCAGUUUGAUGGACUUAUUUCUAGAGAUGGAUCGAAUUCUGCGUCCUGAGGGUUGGGUCGUGCUCUCUGAUAAAUUGGGAGCUAUAGAAGUGGCACGUGCACAUGCUACACAGAUACGAUGGGAAGCAAGGGUGAUCGACCUUCAGAAUGGUAGUGAUCAGCGGCUACUUGUUUGUCAGAAACCAUUUGUGAAAAAAUGA